AUGGCAUCAGAACACACUGAGCAGGUCGCGGGUAUAGCCGCUAUGGAAGAUCGAAAGCUACAGAAAUUUGCAUGCUUCCCAGAGCUUUCCACCGAACUUCGACUGGAUAUUUGGGAACUCGCACUACCGCGUGAGAGGAUAAUCGAAUUUCCAUACCGUAUCUAUGAUGGUCCAGACUCAGAACUGCAAACAGAUACAUACUUCGCAGUUGAAAACGAAAGAGCUCCAGCCUUAUUUUUUGUCAGCAAGGAAGCAAAGUACGUUGUCGAAAAACACUAUAAACCAAUCAGAGCUUCUUCGAAGGGCAUAUCAACGAUCUGGUGCGACUUUGAAGUUGAUUUGUUUUGCAUCUAUAGCAAUUAUCGAGCUGAUAGCAGGGAGGAGGCUUUAAGCCACAUGCAUCAAGAUGCCAUGCAGUUGAUCCGGAAACUUGUGAUCACUCCUUCCCGACGUCCAACUCAACACAGGUUGUGGAAACGAUUCUUCGAGGACCUCUCCAGGAAUUUAUGUCUCAAAGAGCUCAUGAUAACGACAAAUUCCACUGGACUACGACCAGGAAUCAUUUCCGGCUUCAACGAGGAAACGUAAGUUGAACCUUUGGGCUCGGUCUAUUUCUCGGCCCUUCUAUCAAAGCUGACCCUGUGAAUCUCCAGACCCAUGGAAAUAAAAGCGGACCUCGAAGAAAUUUCCAAAAUAUCACAAGUGGUUGAGGAACAGUCUAAUGGUACUUGGAAGGCGCCUCUCUUGAGAUUUGGGACAAUGAUAAAGGCGGAUCCUCGACUCAAAGUUAGCACGCGUAAUAGUCAAUAAGGGGGUUAUGAUGAAAGGUAAUAAUAACUUCGUACACGAUUUUCUCGCCACGCCGUCACGAGGCUGAUCAUUUCUUUUAUUUCUUGGGUGUGAGUCUCCCUUAUGUCACGUCGGAGAGCCAGAUAUUAAACGCAUAUUUUCACAGUAACCUCGCCGAAAGAUGGGUCAAGAUCAUUCGGAUUUUCGGUAACCAUAGCAAUGAUAAUCAAAACCUCCCACGACGAAAUGACCACAAGCGAAAAGCAUACAAGCCUUCCAUGUCUUUGAAUCUUUCCUUCAUCCAAAAUUCGAAACAAGCCUCGAAACUUUUGAAGCCAUCACCUCUU